GUCGAUCCAAUAUGGCUACCGAGUGAAGUGCAUUGCAUCGUUCAGCAAAUAAAUGUGAUUUGUAGUUCACUAGAAAGGUUCAAAACACCAGUUUUAUUUAUUUAAAUGCUUAAAGAUUGACUGAAUAUAAUUGGUGACUCAAUUGGAGUACAAUUUAUCGAUAUAUAUAAGAAAAAGAUGUCUGGAGGAGAUGAAUCAGUGUCUACCUCGCAGUCAUUCACUGCAUUCUGGAUGGCUGGGCCAGGCUCACCAGCCACACCCAUUGUGGGCAACCCCGUGGCCAACCCGGUGACAGGCUCCGAUCUUGUGGCUCUCAGCGCUGGUUUGGUUUCUGCUUCAACCAGUAUCCAACAGAGCGACCUCACUACCAUGGCCAAUGCUGUACCUCACGAUGAAUUUGGUGCUGCAUCAGGGCUCACAGGGUCUUCACUAGCCUCUGCAACUACACUCGUGACAGAGGCAGAUAUCUCUGAUGGCCAUGCAGGUGCCAUCUCUGGCCAGACCCUGGUCACUGUAGUGGACUCCAAAGAUUCCCUGCUCUCAGUAGGGCAUCAUACACAACAAAUACAUGUAAGAUUACCCGAUGAACACCUUCAUCUACGCCACCAGCCUGCCCAACAUCACCACCAUCAACAUCUACAUCAUCAGCAGCAACAACAUCUUCAACAACCUCAACAACAACAACAGCAGCACCAGCAACAACAACAGCAACAGCAAACGCAUAUUCAACUUCAUCACACUACCCAACAACAACAACAGCAACAGCAAGCCCAACAGCAUGAUCAACAGAGACACAUUCAGCCUCAACAGCAGCAGCCAAGCGGUCCGGAAACACAAGCAGUCGAUCACAAAUUUUUCCCCAUUGUAAAUAAGACUGAGAUCUUAGGAGAGCAGUCAAUUCUCUUCACUGCCACUGUUGUGCCUUCAAGCAUUGCUUCACCUUCUGCUACUCCUGCUCCUGCUGUUAAGAAGAAAACUAAAAACGACAGCAAAAAUGUAAAGGUCGCUCAACGCCGACGUCUGUCAGCAUCACACCGCGAGAUGAUCAUAGAUUUAGUUUUUAAUGAGAAGAAAACGUCCCGCGAGGUGGCGCGUUACAUGGGACUGCCUCAGUCCACGGUCAUGUCUGUGGUGCAAGUCUUCAAAAAGGAACGAAGGAUACACAAGAAAACCGCCACAGGACGCAAGCGAAGGCUAACCACACAGCAGGAAUACCAGCUCUUUGAAAUGUCCCAGGAACGCGAUAAUGUGUCGGUGGACGAAAUUCGCAGCCGUUUCCUUCAAAUGCAUCCUCAUUUUGAACACAUUUCCAAAACCACGAUCUACAGGACACUGGAGAGAGGAAAGAAGGGGCUUAUUGGCAUGAAGGCUCCAACCAAUCGCUUCCUUGAGCCCAUCGACCGAUACCUCGCGCCCAAGAAGAAGAUCAAGACCAAGGCCAAUGACGGUACUAGCGACGACAGCGCGGGCGCGGCGCUGAAUACAGCAACUCUUACGCUGCCGGGCGGCCUCUGUAACGGCGCCAGCACCGCGAACGGCGGCAGCGAAGUCAUCCUGAGCAGCACAGCCUCUAACGGCGUCGAGGCUCAGGAGCUGAUAGAGGCAACUGUGGGGAUUUUGGAAGACCCCAUGCCGCUGGCAGGCAAGGAGGCCACCAGACAGAGGCGUUCGCUGUCCAUUGCAGAGCGUGAAAUGAUCAUCAGUUUGUUCUUCAACGAGCAACGCACCAUAAGAGAAGUCGCAGAUUUUAUGCACUUGGCCAAGUCGACAGUAUCGUCGGUAGUGCAAGUUUUUCGUAAGGAACAUCGCAUCCAAAGAAAGACAUCCACGGGCAGGAAGAAAAAACUUUCCGAUGUCCACGAGCAGCGGAUAAUGGACAUUCUCUCCGAGAAGGAGGAUAUGACCAUUGAAGAAACUCGUAGUAAAUUCUUGCUUCUUAAUCCUGAAGUGCCGAAUAUCAGCAAAAGUACCAUCUAUCGCAUCAUGGAGAACUGCCAAAAUAAAAUGAAAGCCCGUCCCGACAUGGAGGUGUUCGUAGGCACGCUGGUGCACUCUACGGACGCCGACCCGCUGCUGGUGCUGCACAACUCCGUGCUCGGCGUCAUCAACGGCAAGAUCGAAUUCAUGGAGAACGUGGAAGAGCUGGAGCAGUUGAAGGCCGAGUAUGGCUUCACGGAGGGCAACAUUCUCUUCCUCAACAGCAAUCAAUUCUUGAUGCCGGGGUUCGUAGACACUCACAUGCACGCGCCGCAGUUUCCUAACAACGGUCUAGCUCUAGACCUGCCGCUCCUAGAGUGGCUCCAGACCUACACUUUCCCUACUGAGGCGAACUUUUCAGACACCGCAUUUGCCAGGAACGUCUACAGCAGAGUCGUGGAUCGUCUGCUGCGGAACGGCACCACCACGGUCGCUUACUACGCCUCAAUACACCUCGAAGCCACCAAGAUUUUAGCCGAUAUCGUUCACAGUCGAGGGCAACGUGCUCUUGUUGGUAAAGUAAACAUGCUGCGCAACUGCCCCGAGUACUACAGGGAGACCUCGCUUCAGUCCUCGCUCGCCGAGACUGAAGAGUUCAUCAAACACGUCCGUAACUUGCAGUCGUCGCUGGUGAUGCCGGCCGUGACGCCGCGGUUCGCGCCCACGUGUCCCGAGGAGCAGCUGGCGGCGCUGGCGCAGCUCGCUGCCAAGUUCGAUUGCCACAUCCAGACCCACCUCUGCGAGACCAAGCCUGAGGGUAACUGGGUCAUGGAGCUCUUCCCUUGGGCCAAGUCCUACACGCAGGUCUAUGACAGCAUGCGUCUGCUCGGCGAGAAGACCGUGGUGGCGCACAGCAUCUGGGUGAGUGCUGAGGAGGUGGGCAUCUUAGCAGAGCGGGGCACGGGCGUCGCUCACUGCCCCAACAGCAACCUGUCCCUCUGCUCGGGCCUCUGUGACGUGCGCGCUCUCCUCAACGCUGGCAUCAAAGUCGGACUUGGAACUGACUGCAGUGGAGGAUACUCCCCCAUGAUACUGGACGCUGUGAGGCGCUGUGUGCACGUCAGCAACGCGCUGUCCCUGGACCGCGGCAGCGACUACUGCCCUGUCACUCACAAGGAGGCCUUCAAGAUGGCCACGCUUGGUGGCGCUAGAGCACUGAACAUGGAUGACAAGAUUGGAAACUUCGAGAUCGACAAAGAUUUCGACGCGCUGCUCAUAGAUGUUCAAGCUCCAGGGUCGGCGAUCGAUAUUUUUGCACAAGACACGAUGGAGAUGAAAGUUGACAAGUUUGUUUUCAACGGCGAUGACCGCAACAUCCAGCGCGUGUACGUGGCGGGCAGACAGGUGCUUGAAGGCACGUCUUCUGCUGCCGUCAGUCUCGGCCCUUCAUAAUUAUAAUUCAUCUCGUAGUUCCUUCAUCUCAUAAAUUAUACCAAUUAUGGCUGUUUGUUAGGUUAUUGUCUUUAGAGAAAGUAUUUUAUACAUUAUGUUAAAUUGAAGUGAAACGUGUUGAGGAUGAAAUCUGAUGAAAUGACUAAAUGCACGUAAUAAUUAAUGGUCUAUUUCUGACCGGCAAUAAGUAAAUAAGGCUUCACUGUUCUUUGUUACAAUACAAGUGUCUCAUUAAUACAAGUGUCUCACUGUUACAAAAAAAAGUUGCUAGUACCUAGAUUGAUUUUGUGACAAGUUGUUCAGUACAAAUUUUGUUGUCAUGACGCCUAGGUGCGACCGAUGAAGCCGAGUGUGUUGUGCCAUACCUAGCGUAACUAAUAGGUGCUCCCUUGAAAUGUUUCCUUCUUUGACUAAUUUUUUUUAUUUACUAUGUAAGUUUGUAGUGUUGUGAAAGCGAAUUUUGAGCUAACUUAAAAAUGAAAAGGGAAAUUAUAUUCGUUUGACCGGAUGAAUUGCAGUUUGUUGAAUAUUUUUAAAAAAUUUACAGUUAUUGAAUCGGUUAGAUUGAAUUUCUUAUAUCAAAAAUUGUUCCACUGCAAGCUGAGCAAACUUGGCAUUCAGAGCAGAUUUAUUACGAGGUACUUUGCCUGUCCGAUUACGAUGACAUUACUUCCUGUUAUCAGGUUAUGAUGAAUAAUUGCUAAUGUUUGGUGCAGCUUUGAAUGUUGUGAUCAAUUUUCUCAUUCCUAUGAAUAGAAAAUAUGUGUUCACAAAUUGACUGUGGUAUUUCCUGAUCAUUCUCAGUAGAAAUCUUUACGUUUCAUCAAAGCCACGAAGGUCCAUUCUAUUCAUACAUUUAUUUGGAAAUAAUAAUUUUUCGAGGACAAAUUUUCUUUUUUACGUUUUUUUUUCUUUUUCAAGAGAUUUCUGUUUAUGUUGGAAUUUCAAAACUAUUAAUUCCAUUUUGGAAUUGGCGUAUUGGAAUUUUACUUUGUUAUUGAGACGAAAAAGAAUUGUGUUGUACGCUCAGCGUGAAACGUUGCUACCAUUUGGGCAUUAAAGCGUGUGGCCUGUGCGACGUAAAUGCAAUUCAUUGGAUUUACUAAGGUUGAUUAUUUUUUAGAAAUUCAUCAACAUGGACUUGAGUGUUCAACAGGUUCCUCUCAUGGCUUCACGUCCCUAUUGUGAUCUACAGUAAUGAUUAAUUUUUGUCGUGCAAUGCGUAGGCUACGAGCAUUCCGCUAGAUGCCGGCCUUCGGAAG